AAAUAUCCUUCUAUAGCCUAAUUUCGCAUCUCUUAGUCUGCAUAACAAAAGGAAGGAAAAAAUAUGCAGAUCUUUGUGAAAACCCUAACGGGGAAAACAAUAACCCUAGAGGUAGAGUCAUCAGACACAAUCGACAAUGUGAAGGCCAAAAUCCAAGACAAGGAAGGUAUACCCCCGGACCAACAACGUUUAAUCUUCGCCGGAAAGCAGCUUGAGGACGGCCGCACGCUCGCCGACUACAACAUCCAAAAGGAAUCAACCCUCCACCUUGUGCUCCGCUUGCGUGGCGGCGCUAAAAAGAGAAAGAAGAAGACAUACACAAAGCCUAAAAAGAUUAAGCACAAGAAGAAGAAGGUGAAGCUAGCAGUGCUUCAGUUUUACAAAGUGGAUGAUUCAGGGAAAGUGCAGAGAUUGAGGAAGGAGUGUCCUAAUGCUGAGUGUGGGGCUGGUACUUUUAUGGCUAAUCAUUUUGAUAGGCAUUAUUGUGGUAAGUGUGGGUUGACAUAUGUCUACAAUAAGGCUGGUGCUGAUUGAUUAGGGUCUUUUUAAAGAGUUUAGUGAUUUAAAAAAUUUGCUACUUUCUUUUUCUUUUUAAUGUUGGGUUUUGUUCUUGAUGGAUCUUAUUAUUAGAAUCUGGAUUUUGCUGGUUUAAUAUAAUUGUCUGGAUAUUUUAUUAAUAUAUGUUUUUCUA